GUUGCUCUCUCAGCAAGGACCUGCCAAACAGAGCUGGAGGCAGCCUCCUUCACGUUUUCGGCUAAAAAACACAAGUGAGGAAUGUGUUUUUCUGUAGCUCCAUGUGGUACGGUAACGGUAACAACGGCAGUUAAUAAAUAUAUCAUUAGGUUAAAUAGGUUACAUUUGUUGUUAACUAAACUAAGCUCCAUAAGUUAGCUAACUACCUAAUGUUGUUCAGUUUCCGGAAGUCACAUGGAUUGACCUGAAGUUCUACCCAGUUUGCAUCCAGCUAACAUAACAAACGACUUCUGCAGGAAACAUUUGAAAAAUGAGUGGGAAAAAAAAUGAUUCUGAAGAAGCUGAUUGGACCAAGGCAAACCUCCAGAAGCUUCUUUCUGCAAUGAAAAACAGCAUCCCAGAAAAUGACAGAAUGAGCGUAUAUACCAAAGGACUGAAAACUGUGGACUGGAAUGAGGUGGCUUUUCCCCCUUUCUCUCCUGAAGCAUGCCAACGAAAGUGGAGAGAGAUUUUGCAGAAGAUGCGCAAGAUUCGGACCCUCACAGAGCUCAUCGUUGAAGCUGAAGAUGUCAUUGCCAAUCCUGUCCAGAACAAUAAGAUCCAUCCAGAACUCCCAAAGAGGCCCAGCCCUCCAAAUGCCAUCUUUUAUGAGGAGAACGAGGCCAAUUUUCAUCAGCAGCACCCAGAGAUGAGCCGCCAAAAGCUGUUCAAGUUCCUAAUCAAGAAGUACAAGGAGCUCCCAGAUGAAGAGAAGGCUCAGUAUGUGGGGAAAUACAAGCUUGCAAGUGAAACAUACAAGAGAAGGAUGCUAGAGUUCAGGAAACAAUAUCACGAACCUCCCACCCAUGAGCCCAGGACCUACAGGAAGAGGAAGAGGAAGAGGGUCUCUGAAAACAUGUCAGAUCAGAAUGAACAACAUACUGAAGAUGCAGAGGGCCUGCCUUCCAACCCUCCUUUCAAUGGCUAUAAUCUAUUCUGCAAAGAGCAACUGGGGUCCAUGGAGGGUGUCUCAAAAAAUUCCUACGUGAGUGUGUGGGCGCAACGUUGGCGAAAAUUGACUGAUAGACAGAGGCACGAGUACAGCAAGCGCUGCAGAGAGUUGAAGACGCAGUACUCGAUGAAGCUGGAUGCAUAUCUAAUGACUAUGGAUGAAGAGGAGCAGCAGCGGAUCCUAAAUAAGUAUGGCAUCAAAAGACCUAAAAAGCGUAAGGGCAUUAAAAGAGAAGUGAAGUUUGUAAAGACACUUCCUGGCGAGCCCAAGAUGCCAUCUCGAUCUGGAAAUGUAAUUUUCUGCAAAGAACAGAUGGAACUUCUGAAGAAGGAAUUCCCAAACCAAAGGGAGCGUUUCAUCAAGGGCAACCAAAUGUGGCAUGACCUCUCCAAUAAGGAGAAGGAUCGCUACAAAGUGAAAGUAUAUGAAAACCUUAGAAAAUACUCGAUGGAGCUGCAGAAGUGGUUUAAGACAUUGACGUCAGCAGAGCAGGAAGACUAUCGGACAUGUAACCCCACUAAAUGUCAAUACCUUGAUGCCAAACAAAUGAAAUUUUCUGAACGUGAAAAACAUUUCUUGUACAGACCAUCAGAUUCAGAAGAUGAAGACCUUGAGUACAGCAGCAGUGAUAAGGAAGAGUACAAUUUGGACUGUGAAGAGGAUGAGGAGGAGGAGGAGGAGGAGGAAGAAGAAGAGGACAACAUGUUUGAGAUGUAUUGACACACGUCAAGUUCAGAGCUCGAUUCUGGAUUAGGGACAAAGGACAAACUCUCCAAUGGUUGACUUUAAAGGGAGAGUUCACCCCAAAAUCAAAAAUAAAGUUUUCCUCUUAAAUGCAGUGCUAUUUAUCCAUCUAGAUUGUUUUGGUGUGAGUUGCCGAGUUUUGGAGAUAUUAGCCGUAGAAAUGUCUGCCUUUUUUCAUAUAAUGGGACUAUAUGGCACUCAGCUUGUGGUGCUUAAAGCGCCAAAACAAUACAUUUGAAAAACUCAACAGCAAUGUCUGUUUCCAGAAAUCAUGACCCAGCUACUCAAGAUAAUCCACAGAUUUGUUGUGAGCAGUUUCAUGUAGGAAAUAUUUCCUUUCUUCCGAUAGUUCCUACAUGAAACAAGGCCCGUGGAGUAACCAGGUCAUGAUUUCUGGAAAGAGACAUGGCUGUUAAGGUUUGCUUUGAGCACCACAAGCUGAGUGCCAUAUAGUCCCAUUAUAUUCAAAAAAUGCAGACAUCUCUAUGGCUGAUAGCUCCAAAACUCGGCAUCUCGCAUCAAAACAAUCUAGAUGGAUAAAUAGCACUACAGGUAAGAGGAAAAAUAUGCAUUUUUGAUUUUGGGGUGAACUCUCCCUUUAAUGCCACAGUGUAUGGCAACCAUGUUAGCUGGAAGGUUGCCUUCGCCAUUGCUCCUAUGCGUUGUGCCACAACCAUAGCUGGAUUACAAAGUGCCUUAGGACUCCAGGGACCAUAAAAGCCCCAGGUUACCUACAAUGUGGUAAUUAGUUUGUUGAGUUUGGAACUAUGCACCACUAAAGCACAAUAUCAAGUGAUGUGAUGAGGGCCUUAAAGCCCCUGAAAACCUGGUUUCAAAUAUCUAUAACAUAAAAUUUUCCUGACUGGAUAAGCAAUUCUCAAAGUGUAAAUUCAGAGGAAAAACACCCUUAUAAAAUCUGAGCUAAUCUGCUUCAAAAUAAACAAGAAUUGCAAAAAUCCUUUUUUAAGACCUUUGUUAUUUCAUCUUAUAUUGUGCUUACAUGCUGUGCAUCCCCAAAUUAAUUUGUUCAAAUUACCACACAGCAAACCUGGGUCUAUUUAAUAAUCUGCCACUGGAAUUCUGUUCACAAUGCACACAUAGUGGGGGGAAAUGGGGGGUUAAUGGGGGUUCAGCCGCUCGUUUUUGCCCAGGGGGCCCAAAGCAGAUUGCAUCUGAGGUAGUCUAUAAAUCAAGUCAUCCUUGUGAAUAACACAUUACAUUAACAGAUUACCCAGUUUUUGUUUUGAAUGAGUGUGAAAAAAACAUUAUCAAUCAUUGCUUUUUUAUUGCUAUAAACCCUUGAAAAUGUUGUUUGUAAAACCCAGAAAGAGGAGACCUUUCUAAUAAACAUGUUAUAUAAA